GUAAAUAUACUGCGUGCCUUUUGUCGUGAUAUGCUCGCACGAAUACGUUUAAAAUGAAGUACGUAUGAAUUAUACGAUUAGUGAAAUUGAGGUAAAAUCAGAGAUGGAGAGACACGAGGAAGAUGAUUUAGAAGAUUUAAAUUCCACUAUUUGCACGCUUCCACCGAACGUGCAAAACGUAAUCGAACAGGUCUUGCCUAGUACAGAUCCAUUGGAUCAGCCGAACUUUAAUGUAGUGGACUACAUAAAUUCGCUUUUCCCAUCGGAACAAUCCCUCUCCAACAUCGACGUUGUAGUGAGUAAUAUGGAAUUAAAGAUAUGGACCAUAGAUAAAGAAAUUCGGUCUGUGGUACGCGGUCAAACGAACGUAGGUCAGGAUGGAAGAGCUGCGCUAGAAGAUGCACAGAAAGUUAUAAAACAAUUAUUUGUGCAUACUAAAGAUAUAAAGGAUAAAGCGGAACAGUCUGAAGAAGUAGUCAAAGAAAUUACAAGAGACAUUAAGCAAUUAGAUUUUGCUAAAAGAAAUCUUACUGCUUCGAUAACUGCUUUAAACCAUUUGCAUAUGCUUGUAGAAGGUGUGGAUACUUUAAGGGUAUUAACGCAAAAGAAACAAUACGGGGAAAUUAUUUUGCCAUUACAAGCUGUAAUGGAAGUAAUGCAACAUUUCAAUAGUUACAUGGAUAUACCUCAAGUAAAACAGUUGUCCGACGAAGUGCGCCAGGUGCAUGUUGAAUUGGCCCAACAAAUUACCGCGGAUUUUAAACAAGCAUUCUCUGGUCAGAAUCCUAAAUACUUUAAUCAACUAACAGAAGGCUGUUUAGUAUUAUCUGUAUUAGAUCCCAAAGUCAAGAAAGAUCUGCUCACCUGGUUUGUAGGUAUUCAAUUGCAGGAGUAUGCACAUUUAUUCGAUGAAAAUCAAGAUUUCGCAUGGUUAGAUAAAAUAGAUCGACGUUAUGCAUGGAUAAAAAAACAUUUGGUCGACUUCGAGCCGAAAUUCGGAACGAUCUUCCCGCAAGAUUGGGAGAUUUCGGAACGAAUUGCCGUACAAUUUUGUCACGUUACACGGGAAGACUUAACUAAAUUAAUGCAUAAACGACGUUCUGAAAUAGAUGUAAAAUUAUUGCUUUACGCGAUUCAAAGAACGAGUAAUUUCGAAUCGUUAUUAGCGAAAAGGUUCAGCGGUGUUACUUUAGACAAUACUGAAACGGUAAAUAAAAAGAUCACGGUCACUGUAGACACUACAGAUAAAGUUCCGGGCAACCCAUUUGAAGAAAAUGAACAGGUACAAAUUGAGAAACCAAAACCAUCGCCAUUUUCAAAUCUCAUAGGGAGAUGUUUCGAGCCGUAUCUAAACAUCUACAUAGAAAGUUUAGAUCGCAAUUUGGCAGACUUGAUGGACAAAUUUGUAUCAGAUUCUAAAACACAACCACCCGGUGCUAAAGAUUUCGAUGGGAUAGAAGGUCCCAGUAGUGUUUUAUCUUCGUGCGCAGAUUUGUUUGUAUUUUAUAAAAAGUGCAUGUUGCAGUGCACGCAACUUAGCACUGGCUCGAUUAUGUUAAAUCUAGCUGAAACGUUCCAAAAGUACCUACGAGAAUACGCUUUUAAGAUACUGCAAAAUAAUUUACCGAAAAUUGGGGGCAGUGCUGGAAUUGCCACAAGUAUGAGCAGUAUAACGCGUGAUUUUCGAGAUCUCUCAACUUCCGGUUUCAUACAAAACUUUCAAAGUUUUUUGAAAGAAGGCGAAAGCACUAGAUUUAGCAAAGAAGAACAAUCACGCAUAUGCUGCAUAUUGACAACGGCUGAAUAUUGCUUGGAAACGACUCAGCAAUUGGAAGAAAAACUUCGAGAAAAGACGGACAAAUGUUAUGCUGAAAAAAUCAAUUUGUCCCAAGAACAAGAUAUUUUUCACAACGUUAUAUCGAAUUGUAUUCAACUGCUUGUACAAGAUCUGGAGUCAGCGUGUGAAUCUGCAUUGACUGCAAUGACGAAAGUUCAGUGGAGUGCCAUAGAGGUUGUUGGCGACCAAAGUAAUUACGUUAACACUAUCGUGGCACAUUUACGACAAACAAUACCUACUAUCAGAGAUAGAUUGUCCUCGUGCCGGAAGUACUUUACUCAACUUUGCGUCAAGUUCGCGAGCUCUUUUAUAGUAAAAUUAGUACAACAAUUGUACAAGUGCAAACCUUUGAAUACCGUGGGCGCUGAACAAUUAUUGUUAGAUGUACACAUGUUAAAAACUGCUCUCUUAGAUCUUCCAUUGACAGGCUAUCAAGUUCAAAGAAAAGCUCCAGCAACAUACACUAAGGUAGUAGUUAAGGGCAUGGCGAGUGCUGAAAUGAUUCUUAAAAUUGUAAUGUCACCCAUUGAAUCUCCAAAAGAUUUUGUAGUGCAAUGUAGAAUGCGUUUACCGGAUCUACAAGCACCAGAAUUUCAAAAAAUUUUAGACAUGAAGGGUUUGAAAAAAACAGAACAAGUUUUACUUCUAGAACAAUUCAAGCAACCUGAAAAUAUAGAUGUUUUGCAUGACACUAGGAGUCAUAUCAUUCAAGAUAGUCCAGAACACGAAGCUGGACGAAUAAGAAGACUAGAAAAAUUAAUAAAAAAAAGAAUAUGAACAUAUUUCAUAGUAAAACUUGCAUUGUAUUGUACAUACUCGAUUGAAAUAUAUCUAUAUAAAAUGUGAGCAUUGGAAUGAUAUACAUCCGUAUACAGCAAUGCUUGGAUAUCUGUAGUUAGAAAAACAUGGUUAAUCUUCAGUUCCUGGAAAAGCACAGCGAAUGAAAGAUAAAUAAUAAUACAAGGUGCUUCGUCUUUGCAUUAGGUACUAUUGAUAUAACUCGGAUCGGGUUACACUGGUACGGU